GGAUUACUCUGUGUCCAGAAAAAUGGAGCUCAAGGCCACAAACAGAUACACCAUCCCAGGGAACCUGGCUGUCUUUCCCUAUCUGACCAUGGGGCUGUUGGCUAUUGGCUGGUUCUUCACUCGCUGGUACUUUGUUUAUGAAGCCACCUCCACCAAGUACACUCAUGAUAUGUACAAAAAGCUUCUCAUCUCCUUGGUGACCUUGCUAUUCAUUGACUUUGGAGUUCUCUUCCUGUUGCUCUGGGUUGGCAUCUACAUAUGAGGUCCUAAGGGAUCCAACCAGGUGGAUUCAUUGAAUCUUGGUUUUUGUCAAUUAAUUUUUUU